AGCCACAGUGUCUUCCAGUCUCUCAAGCCAAGCUAAAGAUGUCUCCUAAGUUCGCACUUGCAGUUCUGCUCCUCAGCUGCGUUCUCCUAGGACUGGCCAAUGCCCAGUAUAACAGGCGCUAUCAGACUGGGCCUAACCGACAAAAAAUUGGGACUCGAAUGAAUGCGGACGGCCCUUUGCCGCCAAAUUUCCCCCCUCCGGCUGAUAAUGCUGGUGGCAGUGAUGUCCCGGCCAACGUGGAUUGCAUGCCCAAUCUAUUGGCUAGUAACACCCUUGAUACCAGGAAACCUAGGCCCAAGCAUUAAAAACCCAAAAAGUUCAACUCCUAAACGGACCCGAAUAUAUAGUAAGCUGAUGGAGUCCGCAGUAAUUGAUUUUAAAUGAAAAAUGGAUUUUUUUUUUUAAAUUAAAAAAUGCAUUUACUUUCGUAAAUAAAAUGUCUAAAUAAUUUCCAAAUAUUAUUGCUCU